UAAAAAACGAACACAUCCCUUCACUGCCUCCCUCCUUGCUUCUCUAAUGGGCCAUCGCCUAAAGAUACCAAAUGUCACGUUUUGAUCCAAACACCAACCCAACCUUCUUUCUCUCUCUCUCAGUGCAGAAAACCGCUUUGCUUCAUCUCACUUUUUCUCUUUCUUCCCUCACUCACUACUCACUCUCUCUGGUGUGUUGCCACGGAUGACCACCACCAUGAAAUGGCAAAAACCCUUCUCACAAAACCCACUUUCCUAUUAGAUCCCUCCUUUCUCCUUUCCCUCUCUUAGAUCUUCCCCUGCAUGCACCCAUUACAAUUCCCAAUGGGGUUUUAGCCUCUUCGCCUUCUUCUGGGGUUCACCUGUUUUGCGCAAAAGUGAAACCUUUGAACCCUUUCCCAACUGGGUACCUCCGCAGGGGCGUGUUUGGAUUGAUUUCUUUCAAGGGCUUAAGAAAAGAGCUUCUUUUUAUUAUUUUUAUUUGGAGAAAUGGGUAGCUCCGGGGAGUCGAACCUGAACGUAAUCGAUGCGUCGGUGGGUGGGUUGGUUUGGGUCCGACGGAGAAACGGGUCGUGGUGGCCGGGUCGGAUAAUGGGUCUUCACGAAUUAUCGGAGAGUUGCUUGGUUUCUCCGAGAUCGGGUACUCCCGUCAAGCUCUUAGGUCGUGAAGAUGCAAGCGUGGAUUGGUAUAAUCUUGAAAAAUCAAAGCGGGUAAAAGCUUUUCGCUGUGGAGAGUAUGAUGAAUGCAUUGAGAAGGCGAAGGCAUCUGCUGCUAAUUCAAGCAAGAAGGCAGUGAAGUAUGCUCGCAGGGAAGAUGCUAUUCUUCAUGCUCUUGAGCUAGAGAGUGCUCACCUGGACAAGGAAUCAUUAAGCUUAUGCUCCAGAUUAGAUAAACCUGGUAGUGAACAUGGAGGAUCAGCUGGCGAAUUACCACUCAUGUCUAAUUCUGGUGAAGACAAUGAAGAUGUGGUGGAUGAUCUGAGUGACUCUGAUGACAAUUCUAAUGCAGCUCCAGAAUUGUCACAAUCUGGUAUAUCUUUUGAAGAGCCUAAUCACUAUGGUACUUUAAAGAUGCAAUCUGUGCAAGGAAGGAGGAGAAGAACACCUAAUGAUUCAGAAGAUGAUGGAUUUGAAGGAGUCAAGCGAAUGAGAGGACUUGAGGACCUAGGCAUUAGUGUAGUGUCAAAGAGACAGGUCCAAGGUACAAGUGCAACUGAGAUAGUUCAUCACAUUAGUGCUUCACUCAACAAUUCAACUGCAGGGAACUGUCUGGCAAAUGGAACUUCUGUAAAUGGUGGUAAAGGUUAUUCUUCAACACUGAAAAGGAAGAGAUCACAAGUGGCAAAUGCUCAUGAAUUAUUGAAAAGGAAAAAUCGACGCCGGCCCUUGACUAAGGUUUUGGAGAGUACAGCCAUGGUGUCAGUUCCUGUCAUUUGUAAUCAGCUUCCCAGUUCAAGCAGUUCUCCACUGUGUGGGGUAACUGAUGGAAGGAUUUCAGGAUUAGAUUCUAAUGGUUCAAAGAAAACUUUUCCAACUACAACACAUAAUUCAGAUAGUACUGAGGCUGCUUGUGAGAAUGGGACUUCAUUAAUUGUUCAUGACCAUGGUAGUGAUGAUGCUUCCCAAAUCAAUCACGAGGUCAAGGAGAAUGAGACUUUUGGCAUACCGGGGCUAGUUGGCAAAGAUUCUCCUGAUGAACUAUUUGAUGUGCCAUUUGUUGGGGUUCUAGGGGAGGAGAAACACACUACGGAUUUCUCACCCAUACAGGUUUCUUGUUCAUCUGGCAAGCCUCAAGUUAGUGCAUUGGGAGAACAGUCUUGUAAUGCUAGUCAAUGUGAAGCUGUGUCCUUGAGAAAUGAGAGCAAGAAUGAACCUGGUUGUACCAGUUCAGCUGCUGGUCACAUUAUUGUUGGCCAUAGAGCAGACAAAGGUAGUUCAAAGUGGCAGUCAAAAGGAAAGAGGAAUUCAAGACAUACGAGUAAAAAUAUAAAACAUGCCUCAAGAAAAUAUGUGGACACAGACCCCCAAUCCAGUGCUUAUUUGUCAGGAAUAGGGAUCUCGGAUGGAAUCUAUCAGGGUGCUUGUCAGAAAGUUGAUUGGAAUGGCAUGGGUGCACCGAAUACUUCAUACAAAUGUACUUCUCAAGUUAAGUGCAAACCUGUUGCUGUGGGCCAACUGGAAGGAUUCCGGGACUUGAACAAGCAUAUCAAGGGGACAACAACAGAGGCAAAGCUAUUGCCUGAUGGAUCUCUCACACCUCAGAGAUUGCUUCCUUAUCGCCAUUCACGCUUCACUGUUAACUCCAGAUAUCAAACGGCAGAUUUCCCUGGAAGAAAUUAUUAUUCUGAUGCUUCAUUAUAUGACGUUAAGCUAGAAGUUAAAUCCAGCUACCGGCCACAACACGUCCCUUUGGUUUCUCUUGUGAGUAAACUGAAUGGCAAAGCCUUUAUUGGACACCCUUUGGCGGUUGAGGUCUUGGUUGAAGGUCAUUGUGAUAAAAUGUUGAGUGACAUUGGAUGUGACUUGGAAGUUGGUGAUGUCUAUUGUGCAGCCAAGCCAAACUCGGUGACCAGAAGAAUACAUUCCAAGAAUUUAACGCGAUUUUCGCCUAGUAAAUCCUCCAAGAUGAAGAAAACUGGGCUCUUGAAUAAAAAGAUUCGGAAAUUGUCAUCAUUGACAGGUCACAAGCAGUUAGAAGAGGAAAGAAAACCAGUGGUAGAUAAGCUCAAGGGUCCUGUUAUAGCUUGUAUUCCCCUCAAAGUAGUAUUCAGUAGGAUAAAUGAAGCAGUGAGUGGUCAGGCACGGUCCACAUACCGUGCAUUACCAACAUCAUCCAACCCUUGACUUGUGAGGAGUUAAAUGAAUGGAUGGUGGUGUGGAUAAUUGCUUCUUUGGUAAUGUAAGAGAUUUUGGUUUAGUUCUGCAGACCAUAAUAUUAUCUCUACUUUUUUUUAACUACAUGCACAGUUUGCAGCCCCCACAUAUUCUGCCAUGAAGGUCGAAUCUUCUGUACAAUUUCAAGACAUUUUCAUGUAGAACUUAGUAGGAGUUAAAUCAUCUGAGGCUUCUCUUGGCUCUGUAAAUAAUGUAACAUUGGAUGAGAUGUAAAGAGGGAUGGUCUAGUAUUAGAUGUUUGACCUGAUAUUAGGUUCUUAAAAAGUAAUGAAUUAGGAUGUUACGGAGGUUCAAUAACUACAUUGUAUACUCAUGUUGGAUUUGGACUCGAUUGUUUAUGUCGAAGUCACCUCUAUGAAUCCUACAAGCCUAAAACAAAGAAAAAUGCAAUUAUGAGAACAUUUGGAUCAAUCCCCAUUUCAAUUCGUUGUGUUUGUAUGGGAACUUGUUUGCCAUCAUUACAUAUGACGGUUGCUCA